AUGGAAGCGCCUCUCUCGAAUACAAAGAACGCACAGGAGCUUCAAGGGACUUCUAGGGCUUCUCUCGCGGCGCUUCUUCGCAGGUAUGGCGAUGCCGGGAGCCUCUCGCGUGUCCGGCGGCUCCACUCACGCAUCCGCGACGACGUAUUCCUCUGCAAUCUCCUCGUCCAGGCGUAUGGCAAGUGCCGAUCAAUCGACGACGCCCGGCGCUGCUUCGACGCCAUCGCUGCCAAGAACGUCGUCUCGUGGACCCUGAUGAUCGCGGCGUAUGGCCAGAAUGGGGAUUACAGGACAGCGCUGCGAUUGUUUUGGGAGAUGAAUUUGCAGGGCGUGAGGCCGGACAGGGUCGUGUUUGUGGAGAUUUUGAGCGUUUGCGCCAAGACUGGGGAUCUAGCCACGGGAAUUUCGAUCCAUCUCCAGAUUUUGGGAUCGGGGAUCUUGCACUGCGACGUAGUCCUGCGCACAGCGAUCGUCACCAUGUAUGGGAAGUGUGGAGAUGUGGAAGCUGCCAAGGCCGCGUUUGACGAGAUCGAGCAGCCGAAUAACUACUCGUGGAAUUCUCUCAUCGCAGCGUAUGGCCAGAAGGGGCAUUGCAAGGAAGCGUUGGAAACUUUCCAGCGGAUGGAUAGGCCGGAUAAGUUUACGUUCUUGAGCGUUCUUGGUGCUUGCUGCCAUGCCGAAGAAGCUCAAGAAAUCCACGCCCGGGUGGUCUCCUGCGGGCUAGAAAUGGACGUGAUGGUGGCGACUCAGCUCAUCAGCGUUUAUGGGAAGUGUGGAAGAGUUGCAGAGGCCCGUCGUGUGUUUGAGAAAGUUUGCUGGGAAGACGCUGUUGGCUGGAACUCCAUGCUCGCUGCUUAUGCCCAGAACGGGCUUCCAGAUCAAGCGCUGGCUCUCUACUGGGCUCUGAAUCAGGCUGGAGUUUCUCCCGAUGAAGCGACCUUUGUGAGCCUUUUGGACGCCGCCGCUGCUUUGUGCGCGCUCAAGGUGGUGUUGGAGAUCCAUGCACAGGUUUCUUCGCGGAGGAUUCAGUCUCACAUCGUCGACACGGCUCUCGUUUUUGCUUAUGGAAAAUGCGGCCGCCCAAUGGAUUCGAGAAAGGUGUUUGACAGCACCAACGGAGCAGUAGUGACACAUUGGAAUGCUAUGAUCGAGGCCUACUCACAAAACGACAUGGAACGCGAAGCCAUCCAACUUUUCAAGUAUAUGGACCUGAAAGGAAUCAAGCAAGAUGAAGUCAGCUUUAUAAACGUCAUCGGUGCCUGUUCUACUCUCGAGGAUCUAGCGGAAGGUGAAAGGCUGCACCAGAGGAUUGUCGACAUCUAUCACAAACAAGAUCGAGUACUGGGAACCGCACUGAUCAACCUUCACGGCAAGUGCGGGAACUUGGCUCAGGCUCGGUCGCUCCUAGACUCGAUGCCAUCCAAAGACGUUGUGUCCUGGAACACGAUGAUAACGUCCUACGCCAGGUACGGCCACUCGAAAGCAGCACUUGAACUGUUCGAGACAAUGGUGUCAUCCACAACGUCGAGCUUGCGGCCGAGCUCGGUUACUUACGUUGCGGUGCUCGGUGCGUGCUCGGAUUCGGGUGCCUUGACCGCUGGGAGGAGAAUCCACGAACACAUUCUAGCGAGCAAGGCAGAGUGGGAGCUUCCAGUCGGGAACGCUCUCAUUAGCAUGUACGGGAAGUGUGGAAGCGUGGAGGAUGCAAGGCUGGUAUUCACGGCGAUGAGAGAAAAGAGCCUGUUCUCGUGGAACAGCAUGCUGGCCGCGUACACCCAGAACCAUCAAGGCAGCGCAGCGGAAGCGUUUGAUCUCGGGAGGGAGAUGGUCCUCCACGGCAUCAAGCCCAACGAAGCGACUUUCGUCAGCAUUCUCUACGCUUGCAGCCAUGCAGGCCGGUUUGACGAAGCUUACGUCCAGUUCGUCGCCAUGGAAAGCGACCACGGUGUGAGGCCGGUUGCCGAGCACUAUGGCUGCAUGGUGGAUCUGUUUGGGAGGCUGGGAUGGCUGGCGGAGGCCGAGCAUGCCGCCAAGAAUGCGCCGAAGGGUGGCGAUAUCGUCUCGUGGAUGAGUGUUUUGGGAGCUUGUAAGAUCCAUAGCGACGAUGCUCGAGCCAAGCAAGUGGCAGAGAAAGUUUUCCAGGUUUCCAGAAGUAGUCUUUCUAUAAACAACUAGCUCCGGAAGGGAAGAAGAACAAACGCAGCCGCCUCUUCUCUCUCUCUCUCUCUCUCUCGCUCUCGCUCCGGAAUGGGUACCAAAGGG